AUGCAACAAGGAAAGAAGAGUAAGGCACAUGCUCAUAAGAGAUGUGACGAAAACAGAAUUCAGCUUCAGGAGCUCAAAGAUACUCAGGGCAGGGCAAAAGAAGGAGUGUUGCCCUUCUGCCCCACACAUGCUUCUACAAAUGCCCUUCCCAGCACAUCUAGUGCUGGCAUACCUCACACAUCCCACCCACAUGUACCCCUCACUGAUGCUGGUAUAGGCAUUACCCUCAAAAGGUCUGGUGUCCAUGUUGGAAUCCCACACAUCAUCUUUGGGGAUGACAGGAAGCUCAUCACCCAAGGUCUAGUUCAGGAAAAGUACCUGGAGUACCGCCAGGUCCCUGACAGUGAUCCUCCCCUCUAUGAGUUCCUGUGGGGUCAGAGAGCCUAUUCUGAAAACUGCAAGGAGGAAGUCCUGAACUUUCUGAUCAAGUACCAUGAGUCUAUCAUCAAGGAAGAUGAAUUCCCUCAUGAAGAUGUCUCCUGGGAAGAGGACAAAAAAGGCCAGCUGUGA